AAGCCUAGUUGUGGCCAUGUUGGUAAAGGAGAGGCCCGGAGCCAGGGGUCUUGAUUACCCCGCUUUUCCUACCCCUCACUGACCGUAUACCCGGAAGCGCUGCUCGAGGAGGGGCCCUGAGCCUGAGGGGCACAGUUGUUCUUAACGACAGGAGCUCUGAGCCUAAGGCAUGUGCGGAAGCAACAACACCUUGUCUAUAGCGUGACCACUUCACACAAAGAUGCCCCAAAACAAUAUCGGCAUGGAUCAGGCAGCUCAAGGGACACUCCAGGGCUGCCCCCACAAAACCGGGCAGAUGACUCGGAUAUUUGAGAAGGAAGGUGAAGCCACCAUAGAGCAGAAGAAAAAGAGGAAGAAAGAGCCAAGACCAGAGUCAGUUAUAAUCUACCGCACCGGGAGUGAAAAGGUGGAGGAAGACCAGCAUGACCCAGAUAUCACAGCGAAGAACACAGAGGAAAGGACAAACUUUCUUUGUCCCCCCACUGUAGAAGGUGGCUGGAGCAUGCCUGCCGACAGCAGAUAUGUGACACUAACUGGCACAAUCACCCGCGGCAAGAAGAAGGGGCAGAUGGUGGACAUUCACGUAACAUUAACUGAGAAAGAGCUCCAGGAACUAGCCAAGUCGAAGGAGCCACCACAGCCUGAGGAAAAAGGCGAGAAAAAAGUGUGUGCUUUAGGUCUCUAUCAAGGUCCUCAUGUUGUCCUAUGGAGCGUGCUGUGUGCUCCAGUGGUCUUUGUGUUGUCCUUUGUCAUGUCUUUUUAUUAUGGGACCAUUACCUGGUAUAAUAUUUUCCUGGUUUACAACGAGGAGCGUUCCUUCUGGCAUAAGAUUACAAUUUGCCCCUUUUUAAUUAUCUUUUACCCGGUGCUAAUCGUGAUGAUGUCAGUGUCCCUCAGUGUAUAUACAACCGUGACACAGAUUUCCUGGUCGUUCGGUGAGUGGUGGCAGGCAGUGCGAGACUUGGAGAAAGGUUUCUGUGGCUGGUUGUCUGGAAAGCUUGGUCUGGAGGAUUGCUCCCCCUAUAGCAUUGUGGAGCUGCUGGAUUCGGACAACGUUUCAGGUAGCCUAUCGGGGAAGGCAGCACCAGCUGGGGAGCAGACUUCUGCUGUCUAGAGUGCUGAUCCAAAGAGAAGGAACCUGUCUGAAGAAAUUGCCUAGGACUUUGAAAAGAAACAAAAAGACAGGACAUUUAAAUGAAUUCACUCUGUCCUUGCUAAUGCUAUUUGACUUUGUAUUCAGAUGCACAAAACUAAAAAAUGUGAGACUGA